AAACCUCGGGCGGUUGGCUGGUUGGCCACUCGAACGAAAGCCAGGGGAAGAGGAAGAGCACUGCAAGCCAUCCGGACUUAACUCACCAUCCAGCGACGAAUCUGUUCGCAUUCUCCGCGGAAAUAGUUGAACAUUAACACUGCUACGCAUUAUCAAAAUGCAGUCUGUGUGUUUCGUAGCUCAGGAGACGCCCUUCGUCGCCUCAUCUCGGCUCAUCUCCAGCGGCAGCUCGCAUAUUUCAGCACCCACCAGCAGCAGAGCAGCCCUGUGGAGGCCAUGGCUCGUGACUGGCAAAGACACACAAACGGGAUGCCCAAGAAGCAAAGCUCAGUCGCCAUACUCCAGAUCUGUUGAGCCGGGCACCACCACCGCCAUGAGUAAACUACAGCCUUUCCAGCAUCCUGUCAGGCUUUUCUGGCCCAAAUCUAAAUCCUACGAUUACCUGUACAGCGACGGAGAGGCCCUGCUCAGAAACUUCCCGGUCCAGGCGACCAUCAGCUUUUACGAGGAGUCCGACAGCGACUCGGACGAGGAAGACGACGAUUGUGAGGAGGAAGAGGAGAUGAUGGAAGCAGAAGAGAAAAUCCAGUCCUAUGAACGUGUCACAUCUCUCCCCUGCUUCACCCAUGUCAACUGAAAGCCAUGGACACAUGGACACCAUUGUGUGACAAAAGGGGCAGCUGUGCUGGUGUCUGCUGCAGACAAACGAGACUGAACAGCAGCAUGUGUCAGUCAGACAGACUCUACAGACUCACAUUGGGCAUUAAUAGCAUGGGGUUUCAUGGGCUGAUGGAAGCUAAUUUGAGUCAGUAUCGUUUCCUUUGCUACCAUCAGCUAAAGCAUAAUGUGUGUUGCGUUAUAAUAUGUUCCCUCUGGGAACAGAACAUGGGUAGGCAAAUGGUUCCCACAUUGGGACAGAAUUGUUUGCCCUGUCAUCUCAGGACCUUAGUGUUCUAUGUGGAUACAUCUGUUUACAUUGUUAAAUUAUACUGUACAUUUCUACCUAAAUAUAUAUUUAUUUUUAUAAUGACAUUUUUAUUUUUCUAUGUUUUGUCAAACACAAAAUAAACUCACGAA